AUGCAUCUGAAUUAUAAUUUGAUUUUUCUCCAUCUCAUUCUGUUUGUGGGAGUCUGUAACUCAGGUUGGCAAAACAAAACAAUUUUUUUCUAUAAUAUAGUUUUAGGCGAACUGAAAAUGAUGAAAAUAUUCGGGAUGGUAGAGAAAGUAGAUAUCCAAAGUGGAAAUAUUAUCUCAAACAAAGAAUGCGUUGAUAAUUGUUUUGAACAAGAAGAUUGUAUUUUGGCAUUUAUGAAUUUAGAUGACUAUUGUGUACUUCUUGGCUUCAAUCAAACGGAACAUUUGACAGUUUUAGAGAAUACUCGAGCAGAAAGAUAUAUGGUUGCCAUUAAAACAACUCUUCCGACCGAUAACUGUCCUUCAUAUGAUAACCUCGAUUUAUUUGUUACAUUCAAUGGUACCUCGAUAUCAUGGAAGAAAACUGAAAAUGGAUGGACAUUUGAUAAAUGUGUUGGAGAUUGGACAAUGUUUCAUAGAGAGAAUUCAGAUGUUGUCUGCAUGCAGACAUUCAAUUUUUCAAAACCGAUUACAAGGAAUGAAUCCAUAUUGUUUUGUGAAGGGAUGGGCUACAAACUGACUGGGGUUGCUUCUACUGAUGAAUCUUCAUGGCUUCGGAGUGAGAUCUGUUAUUUUUCAAAAAAAAAAAACAGUUCUUACAGGCAGAGUUAA